GAGGCGCCCGGGCUUCAGAAAUAGUCCCAUCAAGUCCUAACAGUGGAGGGCAGCGGGUGGGGGCAGGGCAUCGGUUCCAAUCCCUUAUCUGCUGCACCAACUUCCUAUCUAAUACGGUUGUUGAUGAGGACCCCUGGACAUGCUGGGCUGUGCUUCAUGAGCCCACAAUCCCUCUGUCCCCACCCUCCAGGACCACCAAAGGCUAGAGAAAAGGCAGAAGGGAACAGCCCAUCAGCGCUUCUCCCAGAGCCCCACCGGCUGGGAGACUGGCCUUCCAAUUGGCCGGGCGCACUGCCCGCCACAGCUCUGCGGGUUCUCAUUGGCCAGCUGGAUGGCGCGGACUGGACCUGGCCGAGCGCUGUUGGCCGCGUGCUCCCCACGCUGGGGACCCGCCCCGCGCGUGUAAUAGGGCGCAGGCAGCGCCAGAUCGGGUCUCGCUGCCGCGCUGGCCCUUGAGUUGGGCCAUGUCUUUUUCGGCCAGUUUGUCCCUGGGCGCCGACGACGGCGGCCGCAGGAAGCCUCGCCUGGCGGCGUCGUUGCAGAUCAGUCCUGGGUCAGGACCCUGGCGACCGUCGGCCAGCGUGGGCCAAGACGCCUGGGAGCCCGCGCCCGCCCGCCCCGCGGAGGAUGACGAGGAGCGGGGCGGGAAGCCCCAGGCCUCGGCGCAGGCCGGAGUCGUGGAACUAGAGGCAGCCCCGGCCAGGGAAGAUUUGGGGGGCUUGGUGGGGAGGUCCCCGAGGGUCUCCAUCCCACCCGCAGGGCCUGCAGGGGACUUCCCCCCGGCCGCCCGCCGGCUGAGCCUGCCGCUGGAGGACCCGCCCCCAGGCCAGGCGGUGGCACUGCUCACGCAGUACGCGGCCAGUCGGGACAUGCCGCUGACCUUCCGAGAGGACCAGACGGCAGGUCCAGGUCCCUGUUCCACCUUCUCCGUGUAUGUGGAGCUAGAUGGGAUGGUCUGCCCCACAUGUACCUCCAAUAGCAAGACAGAUGCCAAGCAGCAGGCAGCUCUGUCUGCCCUCUGCUACAUCCGGAGUCAGCUGGAGAGCACAGGUGACAGCCAGCCAAGUAACCCUGCCCUAGAUGCCCCCAAGUCUCCCAGCCAGCCUCUACUUGCCUCCCUGAGUGUAGAGAACAUCCUGACCCAUGAGCAGCGCUGUGCGGCUGUGGUUAGCGCCGGCUUUGACUGCUUGUUGGAUGAGAACUCGCCGUACCGGGCCUGCAAGGGGACUGUGGCUGCAGUCAUCCUGGAGAGGGAGAUCCCAGGUGCCAGAGGCUACUCCAAGGAGAUCUAUGAGCUGGUGGCACUGGGCACGGGCAGCAGCAGCUGUGCCAGCUGGCUGGAGUUCUCGGGCCGGCAGCUCCAUGACUGCCACGCACUGGUGGUCGCCCGCCGUGCCCUGUUGAGGUUCUUGUUCCGGCAGCUCCUACUGGCCACGAAGGGAGGCCCCAAGGGCAAGGAGCGGUCUGUGCUGGCCCCCCAGCCUGGGCCCGGGCCUCCCUUUGCCCUCAAGCCCCGAAUCUUCCUGCACCUCUAUGUCAGCAACACCCCCAAGGGAGCAGCCCACGACAUCUACCUGCCCUCAGCUUCAGAAGGCAGCCUCUCCCAUGGCACACCCUUCCGCCUGCAGGCCCACAUUGGCGGGCAGCUGAAGCCUGUGUGCUAUGUGGCCCCUGCGCUCCAUGACACCCAUGUAGGUUGCCUCUCGGCCAGUGACAAGCUGGCACGCUGGGCCGUGCUGGGGCUGGGUGGUGCCCUGUUGGCCCACUUCCUGCCCCCACUCUACAGCACCAGUCUCGUCCUGGCUGAUCCCUGCCAUGACCCCUCAACACUCAGCAGGGCCAUCCACAGCCGGCCCAGCCUGGAUGGGGCCUUAGGGCCGGGCCUGCCCCCUCCCUACAUCCGCACCACUCUGCACCUGUUCACCGGGCCCCCAGUGGCCCCCUCCGGGCCCACCCCCAACAGCUGCCAUGGACUGAGCCUCAACUGGAGUCUGGGGGACCCUCACAUUGAGGUCGUGGAUGUGGCCACUGGGCGUGUGAAGGCCGACACCAUCCUUGGGCCACCCUCCCGCCUCUGCAAGGCCGCCUUCCUCAGGGCCUUUCGCCAGGCUGCCCAAGCCCUGGGGAAGCCCCACCUCCUGGCCUUGAAGACCUACGAGGCUGCCAAGGCUGGGCCCUACCAGGAGGCUCGCCGGCAGCUGUCUCUCCUUCUGGACCAGCAGGGCCUGGGGGCGUGGCCCUCGAAGCCACUGCUGGGCAAGUUCAGAAACUGAGGUGGACCUGCAGGAGCUGGCUCCGGAGCUGAGCUGGACCUCGUGGGGGCAUGCCUUUCCUUGGGGGGUGGGGAGGCCAGAGCACAGGUGUGGGCAAGGUGGGACUGGGCUUGGCGGGAGGGGCCUGAUGUGGUUGGGGGCUGCUGCACAUGUGGGCUUGA